AUGACUGAGCAUCAGGACAAGAAGAGCUCACGUAAGAGCGGUGCGAAAGCAUCAAAGGCAAUCAGGCCACUCGGUGGCAAUGAGACCUACCAACUGGCCAUGUACAUCCUGGACCUUUACCGCGGUACCUCUGUCAUCUGCCGCUAUGCCAUACCCCCAACCAUGACCGUCGCGAACGCGCGCUCGGAGCUCAUGAGCACCAUCAGAGCGGCCAUCGCGCGCGUGGUAUUGAAGCAUCCUCUCCUGCAGGUGGGCGUCGGAAAGGCCGAGUCGAGAAAACCGUUCUUCGUCCCUCUGGACAGCCUCGACUUGGGUCAGCUCAUCACAUGGCGAUUCAUAGAGGGUCCCGUUGAUGAGGAUUCGCUUCGGGAAACGGCCCAGUCCGAGGUCGACAACAAGUUCGACGGGCUCGAUAGCCUCCCCUGCUGGCGCGUGCUCAUCCUGCAUCCACAGUACACCGAUUCGCUUGAGAUAGUCUUCACAUUCAACCACUCACAUGCAGACGGCAUGGGCGGGAAGGUAUUCCACGAGGACUUACUUCAGACCCUGAAUGCGGGUAUCACAGACGAGGAGCGACAGCAAUUCGACCAGAAUGUGGUGAAGCUUCCGGACUGCACACCCAGGUUCACCCCAACCACGCCACAAUUGGCAAAACUGCCCGUAACCAACGGCUUCAUCGUAAAAACACUUUGGGAUGAGAUGAAGCCCGGCAUGCUUCGAAAGGACGUGACUCUGGCGACCUGGGCACCGAUCCUCACAUCCCUCCCGUACAAGACACAGCUGCGCUCGUUCGCGGUCGACGCGGGCACUCUUACCAACAUUCUGGCGGCUUGCCGGAAACACAAGACUACGCUAACAGGCCUGAUCCAUGGCCUGGCGCUCGUGUCUCUUGCGUCGCGGCUGGAUGAACACAAGGCACCCGCGUUCGAGGCUGCCACGGCUCUUGACCAGCGGAAAUUCUUGCCCUCGAGCCACCCGUCGUACCCGGGGCUCGACCCGAAACGGACGGUUGCUAACUACGUGUCACUGAUGGGUCAUGGGUUCGACACCCAAGUCGUAUCCGAGGUUCGGUCAAAACUCAAUUGGAAGAAGACCAGCAACGAAUCCCUGUCCGACGAGCUCGCAGGCCUGACGUGGUCGGCUGCUGCCAAGGUGCGAAGGGAGAUACAGGAGCGACUGGAUCUCGGCCUCAAGAACGACCUGAUUGGCCUUAUGAAGUUCAUCGGGGACUGGCGGACGCAGAUGAAGAAAGACGCGCGAAAGCCGCGCCAGUUCUCGUGGUUGGUCACCAAUCUCGGUGUGGUGGACGGGCAACCCGGGACGGGAACGACAGCCCUGUCCAGUGCAAAGGACGAGAAUUGGGCCAUUCGGCGAGCGCAGUUCGUUUUGUCCACUGAGGUACCCUCGGGUGUUUGGAUGAUCGCACCGUUCGCUGUCAAGGACGGCCCGCUGUGCAUGACUUUUAGCUCGCAGGACGGUGUCGUUGAUGUCGGUCUGGCGGAGGGCUUCGUGGGGGAUAUACAUCGAUGGCUGGUGCAGAUAGGUUCAACGCAGUCAUGA